CCCCAUCCACCGAGUCGGCUCGUGUUCCAGUCAGCCCCUGGCCUAAGCUGACUACGACGUACUCCACGCGUAGACCAACAGAUUGAGAGCCAACCACGAGGACAGAAGAACGAGAAGGAGGAGGAGCACACGCCGUCUGUUCCCCCCCCCCCAUGCCAGUAGGAUUGGCUGACUGAAGGCGGCCGAGCUGAACAAGCUGAGCACCAAGCUGGCUAUGGACCGAGUUUGGAGUGGAGUGGAUCAUCAUCAUUAUCAUUAUCAUCAUCACCAUCAUCAACAUCAUCAUCAUCCUCUCCUCCCUGACCAGUCACCACUGCUGUAUGCGUGAGUGAAUGUGUGUAUGUGUGUGUGAGAGAGAGAGUCUGCCACUCGGUUGAAAACUCGGAAGAUGGCACCUCAAAAGGGCCUUUACGGCUCCGUCUUGACAGAUGGAAGUGGCCAAGUCUGAGAUUUGCCUCACCUGGUGCCCGCCUGUGCCUGAUCGAUCCGACCCAUUGAGUGCCCACGCACCCCGUUAAGGUUGAGGUCCUCCUCCGGCUCCUUUAGCUCGCCCUGGUGUGACCCUCAGCUCACCUCGUUCUCAAGACCAUGAUUGGGCGUUUUCGAAACGCCUUGUACAAUGCCAUUGGCAAUUUGGACGUGGAAAAUGCCCCCAAUGGCUCGCUCCUCGCUAAUGGAUCGGGGUCGCACGACGGGUCCUCGUCGACUUCCUCGCGUCAUUCGUUCAAGAACUCGGACAUGAAGGUGAAAUAUGCCUACCAGCGACCCAUUUUCUUGCAAAUGUUCACGGAUGACGAGAUCCAAGUGACGGCUGACCAUUUGGUUCGACCCAUCAUGGUGCCCCGUGACAUUCAGAUCUUACCGUGGUUUGCCGGUUACGCCGAAGCCAUCAAUGCCGGCAAGUCGCUCCGGAACGAAGAUCAGGCCUCGUUUCAUCGGGGCGUGCUUCGGACGCAGGAUGCGCCGGAGGACGAUCUAGAGUGCGACCGAGAGUGGGAGAUUCCCUACGUGUAUUUUGGAAUUUUUGAUGGUCACGCGGGUUCAGGCUGCGCCGUCACGGCCGCGAAUGAACUUCAUCAAAUGGUGCAUAAAAAGCUGAUGGGUAUUCUUCACCACCUGGUGCCAGACGCCACCUGUCCCUCCUCUUGUGGCCAGGGCGUGAUGUGGUUUCCUUCGCGUGACAUCUCCGUCGAGAGUCUGGUCAUCGGAGCGUUGGAAUCGGCCUUCUGGGAAAUGGACCAUCAGAUCGGCGAUGACAAGCGACGAUAUAAGAUGCUCGGUGGUUGCACUGUCCUCGUCUCGUUAUUCAUUUUAGGCAAAUUGUACGUGGCCAAUGCGGGUGAUUCUCGGGGUGUCUUGUGUCGGAACAAGACACCUUAUCCAAUGUCAUUCGACUUCACGCCCGUGUCUGAGCGUCAAAGGUUGCAACAGCUCGGCUUUCAGAAGCCCCAGCUCUUGGGCAAUGAGUACACCCACGUGGACUAUUGCCGGCGACCGCUCAGAAACGACGUGGGCAAGAAGAUGUUGUAUCGCGAUGCCCACAUGACGGGGUGGUCGUACAAAGAGAUCACCCCCGACGACCUCAAGUUCCCUGUUGUGUAUGGCGAGGGCAAACGAAGCCGUCUGCUCGCCACCAUCGGCGUUACACGGGGUUUCGGGGAUCACGAUCUCAAGGCCCAAUCACAGAAUGGCUCGGUUUUCAUCAAACCUUUUCUUACACCCCAACCGGAAGUCAAGGUGCUAGAUGUAGAGCACGAGGCCAUAUCUGAGGCCGAUGUCCUAGUCAUGGCCACCGACGGCCUCUGGGAUGUAGUGAGCAAUGAAAAAGUCGCAGAAGUUGUGCACAAUGGCCUCAAGCUUUAUGAGGAGGCAGACGAAGAGCGUCAGAAAUACAGAUUCAUCUCCAUAGCGCAAGAUCUGGUGAUGGCUGCUCGUGGGAAACUAGUCGAACGCAAUUGGCAACGAAAUGACGAGACUCCGGCAACCAUCGACGACAUUUCCGUGAUUGCCAUCCCUAUCUUGGCCUACAAGAAGGAGUAUGCCGAGUGGGAGAGUGAGCAUCGCUAUAAAGAGCUCAAAUAUCCCAAGUCAGCCUCAACACCCUCGUUGAAUGGAAAGGCAAGUCCAAAAGUCCUGGCCAAGAAACAUAAAGAGACUCCCAGAACUGACAUACAACCUCGGAAACCCGAGGCCGAGCCACUAAAGCCUCGGGAUACCCUUGUUGCUCCCACCAACUCGUCUAGCUUAAAAUCCCCCGAUACAUCAACCGCCGAUGAAGACGCAUUAGAGGCGGAAAUCAACGCCGAAAUUGGAGUGGAGGUCUCUGCCGACGAUGACCAAAUUAACGAGGAAUCGGUCAAGUGAAGUGGAGCUGGAAAUUAACAUGCACAACAUUUUUUUUCUUUUGCCCCUUUGCCCGGUCUAUGCCACGAAUUGCAUUCCAGCCACGUGUCUUGGAUUCUGCCAGACUUAGGCAGGCACCUGGUUUUUAUUUCUCCAAAAUAUUCAACGUUUGACGAACGACGUGCAUUUGAAGAAUCCCUUUCAGAACUGCAAAUGUGAUCUUAAGAUUUAAGUUUGAACCGCACUUUAUGCAACGGCAACAACACCAUUAACCUUCCUCCUGAUCAUUCAUUCCUGACCAGUUAACCAGUUAUUAUCAAUAUUAUAAUUAGUUAUAUUAUUAUCAUCAACAUUAUUAUUCCUAUUAUUAUUCAUGACGGGCAAAUCGUCAUUUUUGGUAUGAUUUGAAUAUUAGCUACCCACCAAAUAGUCGCUCGAAAACAACGAAAAAUACAAACAGAUUGAUUAUA